GCGCGCGCGCGGGGGCUCCCGCAUACCCCUUCCCCGCGUACCCCCUUCCGCUCCAGCCUCAGUUUCCCCGGGUCACCUUGUCCAGCCCUUGUCUCCCCACCUGGGGAGUCCGUCUGCGCACCUUCUGGGCUCCAGCGCUCUUUUUGUUCCCCUGAAACCUCGGCCUGCAGUGCCCGCGUCACCAUGAUUGCCAUGAAAGAGAAGAAUAAAACGCCGAAGGACAGCAUGACGCUCUUACCUUGCUUUUAUUUCGUGGAGCUUCCUAUCGUGGCGUCUUCCAUUGUGUCCUUAUACUUCCUGGAGCUGACUGACCUGUUCAAGCCGGCCAAGGUGGGAUUCCAGUGCUACGACCGUUCGCUGUCCAUGCCCUACGUGGAGACGAAUGAGGAACUGGUCCCACUACUCAUGCUCCUGAGUCUGGCCUUCGCGGCCCCGGCCGCCUCUAUCAUGGUCGGCGAGGGCAUGGUCUACUGCCUGCAGUCCCGGCUGUGGGGCCGCGGCCCAGGGGGCACAGAAGGCAGCAUCAACGCGGGGGGCUGCAACUUCAACUCCUUUCUCCGUCGCACGGUGCGCUUUGUAGGUGUGCACGUGUUUGGCCUGUGUGCCACGGCUCUGGUGACGGACGUCAUCCAGCUGGCCACCGGCUACCACACGCCUUUCUUCCUAACGGUCUGCAAACCCAAUUACACUCUGCUGGGUACUUCCUGUGAAGCGAACCCUUACAUCACUCAGGACAUCUGCUCUGGCCACGAUACCCAUGCCAUCCUCUCAGCGCGGAAGACCUUCCCAUCCCAGCACGCCACUCUGUCGGCCUUUGCCGCUGUUUACGUGUCGAUGUACUUCAAUUCAGUCAUCUCGGAUACCACGAAGCUUCUGAAACCCAUCCUUGUGUUUGCCUUCGCCAUUGCUGCCGGUGUCUGUGGCCUCACGCAAAUCACCCAGUACCGCAGCCAUCCUGUGGACGUCUAUGCUGGCUUUCUUAUCGGCGCUGGCAUCGCUGCCUACCUGGCCUGCCAUGCAGUAGGCAACUUCCAGGCACCACCUGCAGAGAGGGCGCCGACACCAGCUCCUGCCAAGGACACCCUGCGAGUGCUGACCCAACGGGGCCAUGAGUCCAUGUGUCAGCAGAACAAGUCUGUCAGCACAGACGAGCUGGGUCCUCCCGGGAGGCUGGAGGGUGUGCCCCGGCCUGUGGCUCGUGACAAGACAUCCCUCGGCAGCCUCAAGCGGGCCAGCGUGGAUGUGGACCUGCUGGCCCCACGCAGUCCCAUGGGCAAGGAAGGCAUGGUGACCUUCAGCAACACACUGCCCCGUGUCAGCACACCGUCGCUGGAUGACCCUGCGCGCCGUCACAUGACCAUCCACGUGCCCCUCGAUGCCUCCCGCUCCAAGCAGCUCAUCAGUGAGUGGAAGCAGAAAUCACUGGAGGGCCGCGGCCUGGUCCUGCCCGAUGAGGGUAGCCCUGUGCACCUGCGGGCCCCAGCGGAGCCCAUGGCGGAGGAAGAGGAGGAAGAGGAGGAGGAGGAAGAGGAGGAGGAGGAGGACGAAGGGCCCGUGCCACCGUCGCUCUACCCCACGGUCCAGGCUCGGCCAGGGCUUGGGCCCCGAGUCAUCUUGCCUCCCAGGCCGGGGCCCCAACCCCUUGUGCACAUCCCUGAAGAAGGAGUGCAGGCUGGAGCUGGCCUGUCACCUAAGAGCAGCUCCUCGGUGCGGGCUAAGUGGCUGUCGAUGGCUGAGAAGGGAGGGGCCCCAGUGGCUGUGGCUCCAUCCCAGCCAAGGGUGGCCAACCCACCCAGGCUCCUGCAGGUCAUCGCCAUGUCCAAGGCAGCAGGGGGCCCCAAGGUGGAGACAGCCUCGUCCUCCAGCGCCAGCUCCGACUCUUCACAGUACCGCUCGCCAUCAGACCGCGACUCGGCCAGCAUAGUCACAAUCGAUGCACACGCACCCCACCACCCAGUGGUGCACCUGUCCGCGGGCAGCGCCCCGUGGGAGUGGAAGGCCAAAGUGGUGGAGGCUGACGGCUCUUACGAGCUGGGAGACCUGGCCCGUGGCUUCCGAAGCAGCUGUAAACAGCCCAGCAUGGGCCCAGGGUCUCCAGUCAGCGAUGUGGAGCAGGAGGAGCCCCGUUUUGGGGCUGUGGCUACUGUCAACCUGGCCACUGGGGAGGGUCUGCCCCCACCCGGUGCAAGCGAAGGGGCCCUGGGUGCUGGUAGCCGGGAAUCCACCCUGAGGCGCCAGGCAGGCGGGCUGGGGGAAAGGGAAAUGGAGGCCGAGGCAGAGAGCUACUACAGGAGGAUGCAGGCCCGCAGGUACCAGGACUAGGCCUGGCACAGACCUGAGCGGGUGGGCUGGGAGCAUCUGUAGCACCAAUAAAGAGGCUGCCGCUGACAA